AUGGACUUCCUUGAAUUAAACAUUCACCAAAGAAUUCUCUCCAACAUAGCAUGCAAUGAAGAUGGCUCCUACGCACAACAGAUUCUGUCCCAGAAGGUUGAGGCACAUGCAGACUACCAUGAAGCCGCACGGGAAGAUGAACAAGAGACAGAGGAAGUAGAGACGGAGCCUGGAGAAAGCACGGAACGCGUCUUCAUGUCCGCGUCAAGGGUACACUGUAACAUUGCCUUCGGCGAACUCGUCGUCAACUUUCCUAUCCCUCAAAUCAGCAGCUCUAUUGAGACAGUCAUACCGGUUCUCGUCGGCAUCCUUCGCGAGAUUCCAACUAUCGACUUCGACAAAUCCCUGUCAUGGGAAGAUUGGGCCCUUCCCGACCAGCUUGUUUUCUCAACCAUUUCGGCGCUGCUGCGAAUUGCGAACGAACAUCCAGAUCACAGUGGGCAGGCGACAGCCGCGAUAUUUACCUUCAUUUCUCGAAUUAUUCAGAAUAUUCAUUCUAGCACAUCCUUGGACGUCCUCACGCAGCUCAUGCCGGCUCUCCACGGAUUUUAUCGUGCGAUUAGUUCGACGUCAUACCAAUGGAACCUUUCUCAGUGGGAGACUCUCACAUUGCACUUAAAGAAGCUUUGUUCUUCUCAUUCCAUCGAGCGACUGAACCACCUUCUCGUCGAUAUUCUGCAGAAGGAAAAUGCCGAUGCUGAUACUCUUCGUUAUGUGCAAACAUUCAUCACUCGCUACGUUAACCAGGGCCGCCCUCUGAGUGGAUACUUCAUGGUUUGUUGUGUCUUGGAGACGGAGUGGACCGUUCUUGCACAAGCAUUGGCACCUCCUAUCUCAGCAAGAAGCCCGCUUGUGGAGGCUGCGGCGGCGAACAAGGCCUGGCUUUCUCUAACUCGGAAUGCCGCGUUGGAGCUCGAUGUUGAAAACGAAGCUACCAAGGUGGUUCUCAAGAAGACGAUCAAUUACGCUAUGCAAUGCUUUACUGAUCUCCUCUCCCAAAUUGAAGAGAUGGACUGCGAGCCUCCCAUCGACACUUACGCAUGGGAAACCCUGUCUGAAAGUCUGAAACUGGCUACCAUCUGCUGUCUGGUGCAACGAGAAAUCGAUGAGCAACUUCAUACUCGCAUUCUUCUCUUGCUCAGUACAGAAUCGCCAAUAUCGGACAAUCUCGUACAAGAAGCUGCAUUGAAAGCCACAACUGUGCUGGUUCGCAGCUUCCCCGACAUUGCGGGCAACAUGGUAGUACACCUGCGACGCUUUGUCACGUCCCCAAUGCCACUUUUUGAAUUCGGUUUUCCUUCCGAAAGUCGAGCCCCGCCUCCGUUGUCUGCAGCUGCCAAAUGUUUAGCCCUCUGCGUUCGGCUUGCCCCAGGAGAUGAUUUGAUCAUGUCGAACAUGUAUUCCUUGCUGAAUUACAUUGCGGCAACGAGUAAAGACAUCUUCGACUCAAGCAGCAUUCACAUGCAAAACCAUGCUUUCAAUUCCCAUGGGCGGGGUAAUGCAUAUUCUCUCGAGACUGGGCUUCGUGGUCUGUCGGAAGACGAAAAGCGUCUAGUUGGUAUCAGCACCAUCUCGGCUGUUACCAAACUUGCCCUAGAGUUCAAAAUGGAGGAGGUCACCCGCCUCACCAUUUCUAUGUUGCUGCAGCGCUUGCCCUCCGCUGAACCCACGGUAGAAGCUGCAAUUGCGUAUAACCUUGUGGACCUUGCUUUGACAGCCCCGCGCACCGCUUUCACGGAUAUUAUCAGAGCAUUCUCUGCUAUCAAUCGUUCCGCUAACCCUGACGACCCUAGAUUCUCUAACAAUAUGGUAUUGGCAGCUCAGACCCGUUUAGCCCAAGAGCUCCACCGGCGCCCUGAAUUGUAUGAAUAUUACCUCGUCGAGCUUCUGACUUUGUUUGCGGACAAAGGGGUAGCCAUUCAGAACCUGAAAAUCGCAAACCACCAUGUCAAAACAGAUGAUAUGAUUGAGCAGCUUGCUUCUUUACUUCUCGCUAUCGACGCCUUACUUGCCCAUCCCGACUUCAACCCCCACAAAGAGCCUUCUCCAGAAAUAAUUGGUCUCUUCCGGAACACAUGGUUUUUAUGCGUUCUUUUCGGCUUCACAACGGAUGAAACGAAGGAAUGGGCAGCGAUGGAUUGGCUGAAACCGGCCCUGGCACGGAUCGCGGUCAAAACCCCUUCCAUGGUAGUCGAAGAGGCGCACGACGCGGUUGCGAGCGAUGUGGAAUACAACUCCGUCAUUCGACAAGAGUACGCAAAUGCGGUCAUCUCGAAGCACAGGAACCACUUGACACGGUACAUAACCUAUCGAGCCAGCGAAAUACGCUAUCUCUCUGCUGGUCAAGUCAUCUUUAUCCUGACACUUCACGACAUCGAAAGUAUGCGCUCAGCAGCCGGUUAUCCGUCGUCUUUAGUUUCAUACUUCAUCAAUGAUAGUCUCAACAACCACUCCGGACUGAGUGCAUGUAUGGAGUCCGUUGCUGAAAAGGUGAUCCGAGACUCUAUCAACGAUCUUAACUUCAAGGCCUCCCAGCAAACCCUGCCCAAGCAUCUGUCCCCGGAACUUCAUUCUCUUGUGGUGCUUACCACUCAUCGCAUCGCCAAGGCGAGGGAUAUUGCAUCGAAAUAUCUCAAUCGCUUGAUCACAUCAUUUCCUUCCCUCAUGUGUGACCCGACGCUUGUUUUUGCCAUCCUAGAAGUUCUUACACUGCUUCAACGCGCUUGCGAGAACGAGUACCUCGAUGAGUACAAUCCAGUCUACGAAUUUCACUCCGAUCGAAGUAGGAUCACGUUGCAACUGUCGGACAGCUAUCAGGUUCGAAACGAUAUCCUCGGUCAAUUGAAGCGCAAUGCAAAUACCUGGUUUGAAUUGGCAUUGGGACGGGCGCCAAUGGAAUUGCAGUCCACUCUGCAGAAAUACCUCUCCGUCAAUCCAUCUUUGUCAGGCAUCAACUCGGCAGAACUGGGCGCCUCGAUUGCUGAACAGUUUGGGAAGGCUAUUGGGCCAGUCCAUCGUCAGCUAUCUUCUCUAUCUUCUUUUUCACCGUGGAAUUUCGACGCUGCCAAAACUUUGUCGAGUCAAAUCGCGAUCAAGGGGUAUUUUGCAGGAGAGGCAGCAGGUAUAAGGCUUGCCAACCGCGAGAGUGUUGACAAAUUGGCUACUUUGCCUCCACAAAGGGCACCCCCAACGGAAAUAGAAGCACUUAAGAUCAAGUUGUCAAACACUCUGGAGGAAAUAAGGGGUAAGAAGAGCAAGCUUACCGUCCACGACUUGCGGCGCCUUCUUUUCCGAUGUGCAGCGACUUUAAUUUCCAUGGAAAAGAGCGAUUACGACCUCUUGGCCUACUUGGUCAGCCUGCCCUUCGGUGUUGCAAGCCCAUCCGCCAUUGCAUCUGGGGUCGAUGUUUGGAGUUGGGUGAUCGCCGAGAGAUCAGAAGUCGAGGUUGCCUUGAUGAGCGAAAUCUUGUCAGCCUGGUCCAAUACUAUCAAGCAGCGUAAAGGGCUUUUUUCCAAAUCCCUGAACUAUGAGGACCCUUUCUAUCACCCCAUCAGUUACAGCCCUACGGAUAAAGAAUCCAUGGACCGUGAUUAUGCUCAUGCUCGAAGGGUGCUAACCCCUCACGCAUUGGUCUUACAAAUGCUGUUUAGUCGCCUGCAAGCAGCUCGGUAUCAUCGACCGGGAGUCAUGUUCUUGAUUCAACAUUUGGUACUACGCUCUGCUCAAGCAUUCAAGACAUUGAGCACGCACGCACUCUCUCGUGAAGCGCGUUAUUCCUUCCUCCUAUUCGGAUUUGAAGCUUUGAAAAGUUCUCAUUUGGACGCUUACUGCGAGAACGUGUUACGGGAGUCUCUUUACACAACGGCUUUAUCCUGGUUUUCAGUUCGACCACAGUGGUCUUAUGGCGCCAAUCGUGUCCAGGUAGACGCUGACAUCAAAGUUUUAUCCGAAUUCUUGUCGUAUCUGCAAUCGGAUUCGGUACGAGGUCCAGCUGCGAUAUCGAGCCUAUCGCCGUCUCGGUUGUCCGCAACCUAUUACGCGGAAAGGAUGGGCAGUCUUAAUUUGCCUUUACGUCUCCUCACGGAGAACGAAAUAUCCCGGCUAUCCGUAUGGAGCAACCCUACAAACGAUGUCAAACGGGGGGCUGACAUAGUUGGAAACAUGGAACGAACACUAUUAGACACCGCAUGGCCAGGCAUUGUCCGCACACUCUGGCGUCUCGACCCUGCUGUCGCCGUUUACCUGACUGAACGAUUCAAAAAUCCUCACAUCCGGUAUGAGGUCGGGAAAUUGGUUCGGUCAAACACCACGGACGUUCUUGAUAUCCCUGAUGCCUUGUCAUUCUUGCUCGGAGAUAGGCUUGAUCCUCGCGUUAGACGGGAUCUGAAGCACUUAAUUCUCUGGGCACCCGUCCCUCCCAUCAUCGCCAACACCUAUUUUGAGCGUCGAUUUAAUAGCGAUCCACUGGUGUUGCAAUACGCCCAUCGAGUGCUCGUCCAACACCCCGUAGAGUUGACCUUCUUCUUCAUACCACAAAUUGUUCAGGCCUUGCGCUAUGAUGACCUGGGGUAUGUUGCGCGUUUUAUCUUCGAGACUGCAAAAAUAUCCCAGCUUUUUUGCCAUCAAAUCAUAUGGAAUAUGAAGGCCAAUUGUUACAAGGAUGACGCAGGCGAAAUAGAGGACCCAAUGAAACCUGUUCUCGACUCCAUGACCGACAUGGUCGUGAGGUCAUUGUCAGGCGAAUCUCGGGCGUUCUAUGACCGAGAAUUCUCAUUCUUCAAUGAAGUCACGUCUAUCUCUGGCAAGCUUAAACCUUAUGUCAAAAAGGCAAAGCCAGAGAAAAAGGCCAAAAUUGAUGAGGAGAUGGCCAAAAUUAUCGUUGAUGUUGGGGUUUAUCUACCUAGUAAUCCAGAUGGGGUUGUUAUCGACAUCGAUAAAAAGUCUGGUCGGCCGCUCCAAAGUCAUGCAAAGACCCCCUUUAUGGCCACUUUCAAAGUCAGAAAAGAACGCAUUGAAGUCAACAGCGAUCCGGAUUCUUUGCUGAACGGGGAAGGCAGCGGCGUGGAGACACGAACUGAAUAUGACGUCCUCCAACAGGCAAUCUUCAAAGUUGGUGAUGAUUGUCGACAAGAUGUUCUUGCUCUGCAGAUUAUUGCAAUGUUCAAGAACAUAUUCACGAGCAUCGGAUUGACGCUUUACCUUCUCCCAUAUCGAGUCACGGCCACCGGUCCUGGUCACCAGUGUGGUGUCAUUGACGUUGUUCCCAACUCCACGUCAAGGGAUGAAAUGGGAAGGCAAAAAGUCAAUGAUCUUCAGGACUUUUUCAUUGCGAAGUACGGUGGCCAAGACACCACAAGCUUCCAGAAGGCGCGAUUGAACUUCAUCCAAUCUAUGGCUGCUUACUCCGUCGCUUGCUACAUCUUGCAAAUCAAGGAUAGACACAACGGAAAUAUAAUGAUUGAUGGGGAAGGGCAUAUUGUGCACAUCGGUCAGCCUUUGCUACGUCCUGGAGGUGUCAAAUUUGAGCCUAGCUCUUUCAAACUUAAUCACGAAAUGGUCGUGUUGAUGGGAGGCCGCUACUCUCAGGGUUAUCAGCUGUUCCAAAACCUCACAGUCAGAGCUUUUUUGGCUAUCCGACCAUAUGCAGAACAAAUCAUCGGCACUGUUCAGCUGAUGUUGGAUUCUGGCCUGCCAUCCUUCAAAGGGGAGCCGACUAUCCGUCGAUUGAGGGAUCGGUUUGCUUUGCAUCUGAACGAGAGACAGGCCGCUGACUAUAUGAUGGGCAUUAUUCGCAAUGCUCACGAGAAUGUCAGAAGUACCGCCUAUGAUGAAUUCCAGAGGCUCCAGAAUGGCAUUCCAUACAAAUAG